UGCCCAGUGCCAACCCGUCCUCAUACCGAGCCAUCAUGUCCAACACACUCAGGCCAUACCUUGCGGCGGUAAGAUCGACCCUCACCGCUGCCUUGACGCUUGAGGACUUCGCAUCGCAGGUCGUUGAGCGACACAACAAGCCUGAGGUGGAAGUUGGACAAUCGAAGGAAGUGCUCCUCAACCCCCUCAUAAUCUCCCGCAAUGAGAACGAGCGCGUGCUCAUUGAGCCUUCCAUUAACUCGAUCCGACUGAGCAUCAAGAUCAAGCAGGCGGACGAAAUCGAGCGUGUAUUGUGCCACAAGUUCACUCGGUUCAUGAUGCAGAGAGCGGAGAGCUUCAUUGUGCUGCGGAGGAAGCCAGUCAAGGGAUACGAUAUAUCGUUCCUCAUCACUAACAACCAAACCGAUACCAUGCUCAAGCACAAGAUCGUCGACUUCAUUAUUCAGUUCAUGGAAGAGGUCGACAAGGAGAUUAGCGAGAUGAAGCUCAGCCUAAAUGCCCGUGCUCGUGUCGUGGCGGAGUCAUACUUGACGGCGUUCAACUCAUGAGAACUAGUCUACCUGAGAUAUAGAUGCAUCUGGGUGCGGCAGCGCAGAGCAGCGAGUUGCGGGCAUCGCUGGCAUGCUGGGCCAUGUUGCACGGUUCGUCGAGGCAUCCAAAUUGUAACCUACUAAGAAGCGCGGAGUACUGUAAUAUACGUCAGAUGGGAUGGGGCCCGAGUUGCAGUGUAGGCUGUCUCAUAUCGAAGACAACGAACAACGCAUCCCUUAUAGUACCUCCGUCUCCCUCGAUGCAGAGCGGCAACGAUAUCGGACCCAAGUAUCCCCAGAAGUGA